AAUAGUAUUACGUUAUCCUAUGUCACUUCCGUAAAUCUUUGGCGGGACAUGAGAAACAAACAGGAAGUUGGGUUUGUUUUUAGAAACAUUCUUACAGCCUUCAAAAAAAGUCAUCUUUUCUUUUCAAAGUAUGGAAGAUCACGUUGUCGAGCAGACGCAGGACUGGAAAAGUACUAAAGAGGCACUUGCCAGCUUCCGGCAGCUUUUGCUUUGUUCCAAAUGUUCAAAUUUAAUGGAAGAGCCUGUGUGUCUGGGCAUGUGUGAGCAUAUGCUGUGCAGGUCCUGUGCCGGCCCUCAAGCAGGGGAUGGCUGCGCGGUGUGCCUCAGCCCUGCGUGGGUGAAGGACAUCCAAAUCAACAGGCAGCUCAGCAGCAUUAUACAGCUCUUUUGUGGUUUGGAGUCCCUGCUCAAUCCCACAAAACCAGACUCUGUUGAUGACACCCAAACAGAAGGGGAGGCAGCUGUUUUUAAACACAAGAAAAACUUUAAGAUCUGGUUUAGUCCUCGUAGUCGCAAAGUUCGCUGCAAGGUGGAAAAACCGUCCGACGUCCCAGUGCCCGAAAACUCUGGUGAAACUGUUUCUCCACAGCUGGAUGCCCCUGCAGCUCAAGCCCAAGACCUGUCCGUUUUUAAUUUUACAUCAUCUUCACAAGACUCUUCUUCUUCUCAAAGAUGCAACAGUAAAAACCAAAAGAAGAAGAAGAAGCAGCAGCGGUCAUCGAAGAGAAAUGCUAACAGCAGUCAAUCACAGGUGCAGAGAACCAGCAGAACCACACGUGAGCAGACCAAGCAGAACAUUAAAAAGAAGAGGCUGGAGGCCAUAAACCAGCAGUGGGGAAUUACAGAUGCAGAACAUGCAUCCUCUGAGCUGGAGCAGCAAUGUGAUAACAUGUCAAGAAGGUCCAGUAAGAGGGUUUCUUUCUCAAGCUCUGCUGUCACCUGUGAAGAGCCUCCAGCCAAAGCAUUAAAAGGGAAUACUGAACUCGGUCCUACCCAAAGCACAGCGGGAGAGAAUGUUGCAGAGAGCUGCAGCAGUCCACCGAGGUCCCAAACCCAGCUUGCUCUGAGCAUGUCUGGCAGUGUUGGUAAGCUAAAGAUAGCAUGUGCAAAUGAGCCCAGCCUUGACGAAGAUGUUGUAAAUCAGAGCAACAUAUCUACUCCUGAUAAAUGCUCCAAAAGAGUAGAAAAGAAAAACAGCGUUUUGGAAAGCACUCCAAGAAGACCACGAUCCUCUACCACCCCACGAAGAAAGUCACUAGUUGAGAUCUCUCCAACUGUCAAUAAUCCUCGAUCUUUAGCUACACCCCGGAAAGAGAAGAGCACCAAAAACGGCAAACAAAGAGACGCGACAGGGCUGACUCUACCAGAAAGACUCAGUAAAUCCCCCUGCAGCCCGGGAUCAGCUGGUCGACCAAAUUCUGGAAGCCCUGCAUUUAUGAAGAGGAACUACAAGGGAGAGACCCCACUGCAUCUGGCAUCAAUAAAGGGAGAUGUAGAGGCUGUCAAGGAGCUGCUGGACCAGGGAGCUGACCCAAACCAAAAGGAUAAUGCUGGGUGGACACCCCUACAUGAAGCGUGUAACCUGGGUCACCUGGCAGUUGUGGAGGUGCUGGCCGCAAGGGGAGCACUUCUAAACACACCAGGCUAUGAAAAUGACUCUCCACUCCACGAUGCCGUCAGGAACGGACACUCGGCCAUCGUCAAAGUGCUGCUACAGCUCGGAGCCUCACAGACCGUUCUUAAUCUGCAUGGAAAGCGGCCUGCAGAUUAUGCAGUGAGCCCGGAGAUGCUGAACAUUUUCCAAGAGGCCUCUGAAGGAAUCCAGCGUGCCAAUUCUCAUAUGUCUUCCAGCCCAUCAGCCAGUCUCUCUGUGGUGAGUGAAUCUGCGAAAGGUGAUCAAACUGUGGUACUUUUGGCUUCCAAGCUGUCACAGCGAGAGCAGCACCAGCUGGCCAGACUGGAAGAGCUGCUGGAAGGGAGAAUGUCUGACACCUUCUCUGCCUCAGUAAGCCAUGUCGUGGUGCCAGAAGGACCGAUACCCACAAGCUCCUCCACCCUCCUGGGCCUUCUGGCUGGUUGCUGGGUUGUCAACUACAGCUGGGUGGAAGCAUGUCUGCAGGCGGGGAGGCGGCUGCCUGAAGCCGAGCACGAAGCAGGAGAAGGUCCUCGGCGCAGUCGCAUCAACAGAUGCAGCUUGCUCCCUCCGCUCUUCGACGGCUGCUUCUUCUUCCUCCUCGGCUCCUUUAAGGCACCAAGCAAAGACGAGCUGGCCAAGCUGCUGCGGGAAGGAGGAGGCCAACUCCUGAGCCGGCAGCCCAAGCCGGACAGUGAUGUGACUCAGACUCUGAGCGCUGCAGCGUACCAUGCGGUUCCUGGUUCCGACCAGGCUCUGUGCACCCAGUACAUCAUCUAUGACCCAGAAGGCUCUUAUAAACCUGCAGUGGUCAGGCGGGGGAAGGUGUGGUCUGCUCCCUCCACCUGGGUCAUCGACUGCAUCACAGCGUUCAGCCUCCUCCCUGUUCCAGAACCUCAGAUUGUGGGAUAAUCUAUUCUUUUGAUAUUCUUGAUUGAAAACUUAAUUCAGACAUUAUUAUGCUUUUUUAAAGUUAUCUGAAUGGAUUUUAGUUAUUCUCAAUUUAAAUGACUGUAAUGCUAAUGGCACAAACAAAAGACAAAAUAAAAUCGUGGUUUUGUGGUUUAAAUGGGAAGUAAAUUUGUUUAACACUUUGUGAAACUGCUAAAACACAUCAGUGGUUGUCUCCAGUGGAUUUAAAAAAUGUAUCCAAUAGCUGCAGCAUCCCUAUUUAAAAAAAAAUUAAGUCUUUAGAUGUCUCCUUUAUACUAUUGAUUUAGUAUGUUGUUGGAGAAAUUCACCUGAUGUCAUUGGAACAUAUUCGUUUAUAUUGCAUGCAGUCAUUUUAAAAAUAGAGGGAUUUUGCUUUUCUCUUUUGAUGAAUACAAAUUGUAAACAUCAUGAUUUUAUAAUUAAAAAUACACAUAUUCAAAAGGUGUGUUUUGAUUUAAGGAAAUGUGCAGAAGUUUACCUAUAUAAUAAUCACUUUGUGUUGAUAUGUAUCUGAGAGUACACUGCCAUUUAACUUUUGGGUCCAAUUCCAACCUGAUUGUUUAAGGAGACUUUCUCUUUAAUAAAUAUAUUGUCCUCACUAA